GAGCAGUAUUUCUAUAUCUUCUUUACAGAGCGGAGUGAUCCAUCUCGCCCAUACACCAUCUCUGCUCUCUGCUCAUGCCUGCUGUUGUAUGUGACUCCGUGAGGAGGAUGGACGGUGUGUCGUUGGGUCUGGUGGCCACACCGGCCUCGCCACGUCCAAACUGCAACACGGACUCGGAGGAGGACACAGUGAAUGGAGGGAUGCACACCUUCAACCAGACGCACAUGAGGAAGGCUUUCCAGCUGAUGAAUGACCUGAGGAGUAAAAAGAUGCUGUGUGAUGUCCAGCUGGUGGCGGGGAGCGUUGAAGUGCCUGCUCACAGGGUGGUCCUGGCAUCCUGUAGCCCCUAUUUCUGUGCCAUGUUCACAGGUGAUAUGAGUGAGAGUAAGGCCCAUCAGGUGGAGAUCAGAGAGGUGGACGGACAGACCCUGAGGAAGCUGGUGGACUACAUCUACACAGCUGAGAUAGAGGUCACAGAAGACAACGUCCAGGUUCUGCUGCCAGCAGCGAGCCUCCUCCAGCUGAUGGAUGUUCGUCAGGUUUGUUGCGAGUUCCUGCAGUCUCAGCUUCACCCCACCAACUGUCUGGGCAUCAGAGCCUUUGCUGACCUGCACACAUGCACGCAGCUUCUCGACCAGGCCCACGCGUACGCCGAGCAGCAUUUCAGUGAGGUGGUGCAGGGAGAGGAGUUUCUGGGCCUUUCUCUGCAGCAGGUGUGCAGCCUCAUUGCCAGCGACAAACUCACUGUUUCAACAGAAGAGAAGGUUUUUGAGGCAAUGAUAUCUUGGAUCAAGAACGAUAAGCCAGCUCGUCUGGAGUACAUGCCCAAACUGAUGGAGCAUGUCAGACUUCCUCUUCUGUCCAGGGAUUACCUGGUUCAGAUCGUUGAAGAAGAAGCUUUGAUAAAGAACAACAACACGUGUAAAGAUUUCCUCAUAGAGGCGAUGAAGUAUCACCUGCUGCCAGCCGACCAGCGGCACCUCAUCAAGACGGACAGGACCCGACCACGGACCCCCAUCAGCAUCCCAAAAGUGAUGAUUGUGGUCGGCGGUCAGGCUCCGAAGGCAAUCCGCAGUGUGGAGUGUUACGACUUCCAGGAAGAUCGAUGGUACCAGGUGGCCGACCUGCCUUCAAGACGCUGCAGGGCAGGUGUGGUGUCCAUGACGGGUCGUGUGUAUGCAGUCGGGGGAUUCAACAGCUCGCUGCGGGAGCGAACAGUGGACGUGUAUGACGGAGUGAGGGACCAGUGGAGCGCCGUGGCCAGCAUGCAAGAGAGACGCAGCACACUGGGAGCGGCUGUGCUGGGGGAGCUACUGUACGCUGUAGGGGGCUUCAACGGCAGUAUAGGUUUAUCAACAGUAGAAGCGCACAAUCCUAAAACCAACGAGUGGUUGUACGUCGCCUCUAUGAACACCAGACGCAGCAGCGUGGGCGUCGGGGUGGUGGAUGGUAAGUUGUACGCAGUCGGAGGCUACGAUGGAGCGUCCCGUCAGUGUCUCAGCACUGUGGAGGAGUAUGACCCCGUCGCUGAUCAGUGGUGCUACGUAGCUGACAUGAGCACACGGCGCAGUGGAGCAGGGGUUGGUGUGUUGAGUGGUCAGCUGUACGCAGCAGGAGGACAUGACGGUCCUCUGGUGAGGAAGAGUGUUGAGGUGUACGACCCGCAGUCCAACAGCUGGAGACUGGUCUGUGAUAUGAACAUGUGCCGACGAAACGCAGGUGUCUGUGCCAUUAACGGGCUGCUGUAUGUGAUCGGAGGAGACGACGGCUCCUGUAACCUCUCCUCCGUAGAGUUUUACAACCCGGCCACGGACAAGUGGAGCCUCAUUCCUACAAACAUGAGCAACGGACGCAGCUACGCAGGAGUCGCAGUGAUUGACAAGCCACUAUGACCCCGGGGCUCCAACAGCAGCAGAGACUCACGCUGAGGUCUGAAGCUCAACAGGCAGACGGAGAAGUCCAAAGAGACGGGACGCUCCUCAAUCAAUCCCCAGCUGACUGAGUCAAGGAAACAUCCUUAGGAUUGUUUGUUGUUUUUGGGCUCUAAACCGCAACCAGAUUUUGUUGCUUUGUCCGUUUCUAUCUGUGAGAUCCUGACUUUUUAAAGGAUGCUGUUGCAGUGGAUAAGAAACAAUAUCCACAUGAUUGUGGGCUUAAUGGAACUUUGGCUUGGUGAUUUAAAAAAAAAAAAAAUGCCAAGCACAUUAGAAGCAGCUGUAUCAGCUGACACUCACGAUGAUGACGUUAAUGGACCAAGCGGAGCCGAGUGCUUUCUCAGUGGCGUCAUGAUGGUGUUCAUGUGAUGGACCGUAUAAAACUUUAAAACACCAGCUUGGUUUCUGGCUGACUGGCUGCCUUCAGCCCUAACAGUGUUGCUUCAAUCAUCAGGAGUUUGCAACACUGGCUCGGGACUUACCUGAAGUCCUGGAAACCUGGCCUCGCCUGAGAGAGACAGUUUUUUUUAAAUUAUGAAACUUGCCACACUUCUGUAUAAAUCAGCUGAUGGCAGCUUGAUUCUAGUAAGAAGUUGAUUCCUGGGCCGACUGUCAGCAGGUUCAGCUGCCAGAGUGUAUUUGUGCUCAACCUGAAGGCCUGGAACUAGAGAGACAAUUCAAAGAAUGUAAAAAACAUCUUAUAUGCAAAUCAGCUAUCAUAUUUAAUAUUUUUGAGAUUUUUUAAAGAAGAGGUUGAGAACUACUUGCUGUGACUUAAGGGGAUAGUUUGGAUGUUUUGAGUAGAUUUCUGUAAGGCACUUAUCCACAAUCAGUGUAUUACUACAGGAGAUGUAGACUCUUUGGAGUUCGGAGAAGCAGACGGGACAUGAAAGCUGAUCAAUGUUCUGCUGUGGAUGCUGGCAGCAGCUAAAUGUAUUUUUGCAUUAUCAGUUUAAGUUUGUGCUAUAUUUAGAAUAUUUUCAAUGCUUUGCUUGCAUCAGACAGCCCUUUCCAAUGUGGAACUGAAACCGUUUUACGCUCUUUUCAAAGCCACCAGACUCCUUUUGACAAAAACAGAAAUUUCCCCGCCCAGAAAAUGAAGUUGCUGGUCUACCGCUCCCUCAACCGGUUCAUUUGUUUGGCUUACUGUGUGACUUCUGUGUUUCUUUUCUUUAUGAUUAAAGGUUAUUGUUUUCACAAUAGAUAGAACAGAUCACAGUAUCCAAGUGAACCUAUAAAAUUUAAACAAUGAUGAAUACAAGCAUUACCACUGACAUAACAACAAUAGAAGAAUAAGAAGUAACCGUGACACACAGGGAUAUUUUUUAUGUUUACAGUAUUGCAUGUUAACGGAUGUCACAACAAAGUUAGUUAUUCACAUAUUACUUAUGAUGAGCUGGAAACGGCAUGAACCAUUUGAAAUACAAGCGUGGUAGUGUCCCCCUUUCCCUUUUACUGCUCCACCUUUCAAGCAGCCUAUAUGAAAGCUGUUCUAGGGUGCAUUUUACAGGGUUUGUUGAGAUUCACCAAAGUCACACAAAAACAAACAAACUAAUUGAAAGAGGCAGCAAAAGACCAGCAACUCCUGUGUUCUGCAAGCUAAAAUUACUGUUUUUGUCAAUGGAGUCUGGUGGCUUUGAAGAGAGCACGAAAUAAUGUAACGGCUUCAGAAAAGCCUGUCUGACAGCAAGGUAAGUAGUAAAAUAUUCUGAUUAGAGUGCAAACUUAAAGUGUUACUGUUUUUUUUUAUUAGGUGGAUGAAAUCCGUUUUGUUGCUGCCCUGUCUGCUUCUCCCAGACUUUGACUUUGAAUAGGUACCGUACACAAACACCCCCCAAAACUCCAACAUGUCCCUUUAAGAUGCAGGCUGGUGGUUCCGAUUCGACACAGUAGGACUCGAGUCUGUUGUCGACACACUACUGAUGCACUGAUCACUUGCACUGACUGACGCGGACCGGCAGGCUGGCGCUCUGACUCACUGUCUCCCCGUCUUUCUGACUGACCUGCUGUCAGACAGACGGCUGCUCGGCUGUCUGUCUCCGUUGCUAAACGCACUCAUGGGAGCAUUUAAACGCACCACUUAGAGGCCAAUAAUUUCAUCAGAAAUUGUAAAAGGAAAGAAAAAAGAUGUGCCAGUUAUGCUGAUCAGAAUAUUGCUGGAGUCACAUGGUGUUUUUAUCUCUUAGUAACAAACUGAAAUGAUGCAUUGUUUCUGUUUAUUGUCUAAGGGAAAGUGUCAAAAUGCACUGUAGAAAUCCAUCUGUAAAAUUGUAAUGUAAAAGAUGCAGGUUUAAGAUUUUCUAUUUAUUGUUUUUUGGGGACGAUUGAUAACAUAGCAUUUAUUCCUGUCAAAGUGAGUUUCUCAUUUCAAUUUUUUUCUGCUGCGCUCACAUUCAUUCAUGCGAUGGUGGGUGUGUUUUAGAUGUAGUUAUUUAGCCGACUGACUGGUGCCAUAGCUUUUUGGAGAAAAAGAGAUUUCUAGAAGCUGCUUUAUGAAACUGAACCUUUCACUUCUGCCUGCAACCCAGAGUUCAUGGACUCGAUCGACUGUCAUUGCAAAGCCCUCUGACGAAAAAGUAUAUAAAAUACUUAAAAAUACCAUAGUGUUGUUUUUGUAUGUUUAGUCAAAUUGACAUGUAGUCCAAACCCUCAUACAUUUAGCUUAAGUUCGUAUGAUUACAGUUUAAAAUGACUUGUAACUCGCUCAAGAUGCUGUAACUGAUCACUGUGAAUAUUCCAUUUUUUUGACAGACUUUACAGCAAAACAGUAGUUACUUAAAUGCUUUCAAUUUUUGAUAGUUCAGGUGUAGUAAUACAGGUGAAUAGCUAUGGACGGAGGCCCCAGGAUAUUAUAAUUGAUGCUUAAGUCACGAUGCAAUAUUACUGCGAUUUUGCGAUAAGUUUCAAUUUAUCAUUUUUUUUCUACUACAAAGGUAAAGCUUUGUUAACAUCUGUUUUUAUCUAAUAAGAUAAAGUUUUUGUUCCGUUCAUCUCACUUCAAUCAUUUUUAUUGCAGCAAAAUUAGAUUGUCAAGCAAUUUAUAUAAUUAAAAGAUCGAUAGUUGGCGUCUGUGUAUCGAUACAACAUAGCCACUCAAAAUCUUGCUAUCCUAUGCUGAUUUUUUUCACCCUCAUAACAUUCAUGUGUCUUUUAGGUGUCAAAACCAAAGAAAAACAACAGCUUAGCAUUGAGGGAUUAGCAGCCAAACUUCAAGUCUCCUGCUGUGUUUGAAAGCAUUAAUUCAUUCACAAUUUUCUAAGUUGUAGAUCCGCAAAAGUUACUCUGGUAGCUAAUAAUACAUGGACAAUAUGAUAAUGUUUUAGCAUCGUAUCAAAGGUAGAUGUGGAAUUUUUUUUAUUUUUAUCAUACCAUUGAGGGCACUUCAUUGAGCAUAGAGAGUUUGACACUUAAACAAAAUUAUGUGAGUUAAAUAAAUGCUCUUAAAGGUACUAUGUAAAGGAGUUUACACGUAUUAAUCGCUUUUUAGUGGAAUAAGUGGACAGAUUGUAAUGUAACUUAAAAACGGAGACCUUCCUCUGCUUCAUUGGUUGCCUGCAACAGCGUUUGGACUGGUUUCUGUGUAAAGGACUUUGCAUUAGCUUGCUUGCUUGCUACAUAAUUGCUUGCAAAAAGGGCUUCUAUCACAGUGGACAUGUUAGGUCUGUUAUGUUAUGUUAUGUCAUUGUUUUGGUCAGUGCAACAAGACCGUGACUGCAGUUCACUUCCAGCAACCAAAACUCUACAUAGUACCUUUUUAAGUGGUAAUUUCAAACACAGUUCUGGAUUUCAAAGCCUCUCGUUAGUGUCUGAAACCACCAGAGCGAAAAACAAUCUUAUACUUUCUUCACUGCGUUACUGCUCAUUAAUAUGAAAACCAGUAGUUCACUAUUCAGGUCUCUAUUAGAAGAUAAAAUCAAAACCAGUGGCUUUCCUGAAAGAGGCAAUUUUCAGUUUUAAACCGCUGUUAUACUGUAGACAGUAAUAAUCUAUACAAUAAACUUUAUGCAAUCUGAUGUCGACGGGCUAAAGCAUCCAGACAAACACCAGUAUGGUUGAGGUUCAAUGUUCACUCUUGACUUUGGAAACAGAAGUUGACCCAGUUUCACUUCACAGUUCCUUUAGUAGCUGUUCUGGAGCUUUUGACCACAUCACACGGCAUCAUUAGCAGAUUGAGUUUGCAAAAUUAUCACAUACCAAUGGAUGUUCAAACUGACUUUGAUUCUGACUAAAAUUGGGCUGAAAGGCAUCGAGCACUGAGUCCAACCCAUAGGAAAAAUGAGUUGCUCAUGUGUUGCUCAAUCUCGUCUCUUGAGAUCAGUUUGAGCUUCUCAUAUUCGUGUAAUUCUGUUAUCAUUUGUUUCUGAAUGACUUGUCCUAAGAGACCUUCGGUUAUUCUGAAGGAGAAUUGAAUUGAGACAUAAUUGAGAUCAGGGGCAUUCAACUAUGAGAUCUCCUCAGUUGAUCCCGCUUCUCAAGUGGUCAGAUGGUUUUCUCAACCUCCUUUGUCUUAGUGAUGUCUUGUCUCUUUUUACAGGGUUCGUAAGAGUGCUUGAAAUCCUUGAAAAUGCUUGAAUUUAAAUGUUGUAUUUAAAUGUAGUUUAAAAAGUGCUUGGAUUUUGGAUAAAGUGCUUGUAAAUGCUUGAAAUUCUUACUGUAUUUCUCUUGCAAUCUGACUAUAUCCAUCUAUAGACUAUAGAUAAUCACAUGUUCAUUGUAAAAAAUAAUGAGUAGCUGAAAUGAAGACCGUUCCUGUAAUACCAUCGCUGUUGGUAUGGUUAAGUAAAAUCUCCCCCUUUUAGUAUGUAACACAUGCAAUUUACAACAGGUGUUACAGAUACUGGAAAAGCUUGAAAAUUGACCUUAAAAGUCCUAGAAUAAUGCUUGAAUUUGACCACUGCUAAAGUGUACAAACCCUGUUUUUAGCUUGUCUCUUGCUCCUAGGGGUCCCUUAGGAGAAGUAAUUCAGAAACAAAUGAUUACAGAACGAUACGAAUAUGAGAAGCUCAAACUGAUCUCAAGAGACGAGCUUGAGCAACUCAUUUUUACUAUGGAGAAUUUGUGAUUUGGUGAUUGGAUUUCAUAAGUUUUGGUGGGUGUGAAUGAAAACCUCACUGGCACAUCACUCAUAGAGAGCAAACAAAAAGACCUAUUUUUGUUGGCCAACCCGGAAGUUAGCAUCACCAUUGGGUCUGUUGAGAAUUGGCCUGUGGGAAUUUUGCAUUGGAUUUUGGAUCACUGCAGAAAAUAAGCUCUGUGACAAACACACGUCUCUGAUGCUGACGCGUUUAGUUCAGCAGGAUAAUCUUCACAAAUGAACAGCCUUUAUGAUGUUUGAAGCGGUAGCUGAUUAGCUUGUCGGAGAACUUUAGCUUUUUCUUCUGUUUCAACACAGUGGUGAAACCGCACCCUAAUAACCUGUUUAUCAAGCUAAUCUACAAGAGUUUGCAAGAGCACUGUAAAACAUGACUUGACUUGACCAGUGAGAGAGUUCCUGUCUGUGAUGCCGUUUAAUGUCCCCAACUACCACUGUAGUCUCAUCUAACCACAUGUUGGCAAACGGCUUUUUAAGGACACGUUAAUAAUUCAAAAUUUACAUAUGGGGGUAUUAACUAACAUAUUUUACAUCGUACAACAAAAUGUGAACAUCUCUUAAGUUAACCACACAGUUUAUUUCAGGCAUCUAACCACCAACCCAUUCAAAAUCCACAUUGAGUUUAAGGCCUAAGAAAAGUGCAAAUAAUAAAAGUAGCAAUGAAUAUCCAACCAGCAUACAGAUUGAGUAUUAAAUUAUGUAAAUAAACAACAUAUUGUCCAUCACAGUGUUUCACUGUGAACUCAGUGAAAAGCUCCAGAACAGCUAAUAAAUGAACCUUGAAUUAAGAUUUUCCUGUGAAGAAGUAUUGUAUGGAAGUUUUCAGAUGACUAAUGUUCUAAGUGCAGAUGUUAUUUUUUUAAUAUCAUAAACUGUGGAUGUUGUGAACUAAAUGGUGGAUAUUGUGAGUUCAUUGAUUGUCAUGUUUUUGGGAGAUUGUGUGGUUUGUGAAGGUUUUAUCUUUCAUAGAUUUUUAUGGUUGAAGCUUGAGCCCUGGUCUUACAGGAGAUCAGUAAACUGUCAAACUUGAAUUUGAACUUGAAUUAACAAAUACUAAACAUGCUUACUUUAAAAAAAAUGCUCUGAACUGAUUUCAACUUCUUUUGCCUGAAAUUGUUACAUUUGCAUUUAGCACUUUAGGAUGUUUUAU